AGCUGUCUGGCUAUAAUCAUAAGUAAAACCUACUUUAAGGAAGUCUUGUUAGUCAUUAAUCUUAAGGUCAAGAUCAUGGAUAAGAAAACUGAUUACAAAAAUGUUACUAGUAGAAUUGGUUCCAAGGAUAAGAUCACACACAAACCAGGGGGUGGAAAUGUCAAGAUUGAAACCAAGAAAGUGGAAGUGACACAAGUCAAGUCCAAAAUUGGCUCGAUGGAUAAUGCCAAACACAAGCCAGCUGGAGGGGAACGCAAGAUUGAAAGCAAGAAAUUGGAUUGGAAGACAGAAUCUAAGAUAGGAUCUUUGGACAAUGCUACUCAUAAAGCAGGAGGAGGUGAAAGGAAGAUUGAAACCAAAAAAUUAGAUUUUAAAGAUAAAGCUCAGUCUAAAUGUGGGUCUAUGGAUAAUGCUACCCACAAAGCUGGCGGUGGGGAUAAAAAGAUUGAAACCAAAAAAUUAGAUUUUAAAGAUAAAGCCCAGUCUAAAUGUGGGUCUAUGGAUAAUGCUACCCACAAAGCCGCAGGUGGGGAUAAAAAGAUUGAAACCCAAAAAUUAGAAUUCAAGGGAAAAGCCCAGUCAAAAUGUGGGUCUAUGGAUAAUGUUACCCACAAAGCUGGCGGUGGGGAUAAAAAGAUUGAGACCCAAAAAUUAGAUUUUAAAGAUAAAGCUCAGUCUAAAUGUGGGUCUAUGGAUAAUGCUACCCACAAAGCUGGUGGUGGGGAUAAAAAGGUACAAAAAGUAGAAAAAUAA